CUUCUCACAUCACACAUGAUUAAUGAUCUCAGAGACACACAAAAAAAAAAAUCAAUUGAUUUUUAUAGUUUUAGCAUUGUAUAUAGUUCGCCAAAGCAUUUCUCACAUCACACAUGAUUAAUGAUCUCAGAGACAGAAAAAAAAAAGCAAUUGUUUGCCCUCCAAAAAGUUUAACGUGGAAAAGGAAAACUAAAAAGUCAAAUAUUCGAAGAUCUAGAAGGUGUGGACACUUAGACUCAAUAUGGACUUUACAGUUACAAUAUUCUUAGAAUUUACAUGAUUUGCAGCAUUAUGUUCACGAGUUCUUGCAUUCUUGAUAUAUAUUUUAUUAUAUAUACAGACUUAUUUUAUUCUUGAUAUACCAUGACACCGUUACACACAAACAAAUCCAUAUGUUAUGUAUGUAUAUUAUAAAUAUUAUGCAUGUGUUAAGAUCCAAGUCUUUUUAUAAUUUUUAAAACCCUGGUCUUGUGAUUUUCAUUUAUAUAUAAGCUUGUAGUACGUAUAUAACCCCCCUCAUCAACUCGUUGUUAGCAUCAAGAUCAUAUAUAAAACAUUUUUCCCUUACAAAAAUAAUAAGAAUGGAUCAUCUAGUUUAUCCUCUUCCUCCAACAGCAAGGUGGUGGUCGAGAGAAACAACGGCGAUUGUAACCGGAGCAAACAAAGGUAUAGGUUUUGAGGUGGUGAAGAAGUUACUGGAGCUUGGACUAACGGUAGUCUUAACCGCCAGAAACGCCAAAAAUGGAAGCCUCGCCGCCGAUUCCCUCCGCCGUGCCGGCUUUCAAAACGUUCAAUUCUACUGCCUCGACGUCUCCGAACCUUCUUCCAUCGCUGCCUUUGUCUCCUGGUUCCGUCACAACUUUGGAGUACUCGACAUUCUGGUGAACAACGCCGCUGUUUCAUUUAACGUCGUCGGUGAUAAUUCAAUCAGAGAGCCAGAGACCAUAAUCAAGACCAAUUUUUACGGUGCCAAGCUUUUAACGGAGGCGCUUCUGCCGUUGUUCCGUCGCUCAGUCUCCGCUAGCCGCAUCCUUAACAUUAGUUCAAGGCUUGGCUCAUUAAACAAACUGAGAAACCCUAGUGUGAGACAAACCCUAGAAAGUGAAGAGCUUACCAAUGAACAAAUCGAUGCGACAGUGACUCAGUUUCUAGAAGACGUGAGCAACGGGACGUGGGAGAAGCAAGGAUGGCCAGAAAAUUGGUCGGACUACGCAGUCUCCAAGAUGGCUUUGAACGCUUACUCUAGAGUUUUGGCUCGACGUUACAACGGCAAAAAACUAAGUGUUAACUGCUUCUGUCCUGGCUUCACACGCACGUCUAUGACCGGUGGUCAGGGAACUCACACGGCGGAGGAUGUUGCCGCCACCAUCGCCACGUUGGUUUUGCUUCCACCGGAGAAGCUGACCUCCGGCAAGUUUUUUAUGUUCUUAGAGCACAAGAAAAUUAUUUCCAGAUUGUGA